UUGCAGCGCCUGCGCACUGUCGUAUUAGGGCGGAACUAAUCCGGCGACGCCUGCGCUUUGACGCAUUUGGUGCCGGGAGUCGGGAAAGGGGGGACUGCAGAAUGCGUCACACCCGGAAGCGGAGAGCCGGAAGUGGGGUUGGACAGGUUGUGCCCAGGGGUGGGGAAGCGAAGGCCCUGGAGGAGGGGGAAAAAGAAGGCAGAGGAUCCUGGCUACCACUCUGAAACCUAUACCGCUUCUGUUAGACCUCAGAGACACAACAAAAGGGAAGGAGGUCUCAUCCUCUUCCUCCCCUCCUCCCUCUCAGCCUUAGCCAUGGCCGAGGCAGGGACCGGGCUGAGUGAGACCGUCACUGAGACAACGGUUACCGUGACAACCGAGCCCGAGAACCGCAGCCUAACCAUCAAACUUCGGAAACGGAAGCCCGAGAAAAAGGUGGAAUGGACGAGUGACACUGUGGACAAUGAACACAUGGGGCGCCGCUCAUCAAAAUGCUGCUGUAUUUAUGAGAAACCUCGGGCCUUUGGUGAGAGCUCCACGGAGAGUGAUGAGGAGGAAGAGGAGGGCUGUGGUCAUACACACUGUGUACGCGGCCACCGCAAAGGACGGCGUCGUGCAACCCUUGGACCAACCCCUACCACCCCUCCUCAGCCUCCUGACCCCUCCCAGCCCCCUCCAGGGCCAAUGCAGCACUAAAUUCCUCUCUCCCCCAACUUUCCUGUGUCUGGCCCUGAAUGUAUCCAUGUGGCUACUUGAGGACUAAACCUAUGGUUUGAUCCCUUCACCCACCCCCUCCUUCCCUCACCUCUGCCUCAUAGAGGGAAGAAAAAGAGGAGUGUGGACCGAGAUCCUGGAAUUCUGACUUGCUGCUAUUCUAGAACCCAGGCUCCUGGGUUCCCCCAGUCCUCAUUUCUCCUGCCAAUACCCACCCUCCCCUCUCUGGGAUCCACGAAUCUUGGUCCCAGUCUCUUCCUUUGUUCUCACUGCCAAACUGCCUGUCCUGGGAUCUGUUAUCUUGGCCCCUUGCACUCUCAACUUAAGUAGCAAACACUUAAAUUGGGUUUUCAAUAGUCCCAGCUGUCACUGCCGGGGUCCCAAUCAAAUUCCAGGCAAUCUCGCCCCAGCUAUGCUUGUUAAUCCUGGUUUAAAGCUCUUCCACUGAGGUAUUUAUGUAAUCCUAGUUCCUAGUCCUUGCCUGUGGGCUAUGAGUUCUUAUGGGAGACCCAGAGUUCCCAGUUCUUCCCUUCCUGCCUGCCCCCUUCAUGCCUUCAAGAGGAGUUAGGAGAGAGGGCUCUUUAUCAUUCUCACCUCUAAUGGAAAAUGGAACAAGAAAGUUCCAUUGUCCUCUCUCCCUAUCUUUCUCAUGUUAUCUAGCAUUUAUGACAAAACUGGCUUGAGACAGGUCACUUAGAGCCAACUAUCUCCUCAAAUUUGGUCUUUCAGCUUCACAGACAGAUCCAACAUAGUUCCAGGGGCCUGGGUACCUAAGAGAGAAAAGAGGGAGGGAGCAAAGGGAUAGGGGUGUCCCCUGCACUGCACUCUCACCCCUUCCUUCCUACCCUUUGAUGUCUCUGCCAGCCGAGGUGUUCAGCUCUUUCAGCCCUCCCCACCCCUUCCUGGGAUCUGAUGGUUGUUUUCCAGUCCUCUUCCCAUGCACAGUUGGAGAGAUCAGUCAAAUCCAUAUGGCCACUGAGAUCUCAUUUAUUGCCACAGAUGCACAAAAUAAAUAACCCAACAUCACAAAA